AGGGACGAGGCGUAGGAUGGGCCCGACCGCGCGAACAGUCGUGCUACACUGAAGAGGAGGAGCUCCCCUGAAGAAGAGAGAGAAGGAGGAAGGAACGGAAGGAUGCCUGCCUCGCAAACCGCCGCCACGGAGCGGCGAAACGAGAGGAUGAUCACACACGAGCCACCAAAAUUGAAAACGACCCUUAAAACGCCACCUAAGCAAGCGACCAAUCCUCUUCAGUUCGUCAAAGUAGGACCGUGCUCUUUAUACCGCACAGCUCAAGAGCAGUUGCAGAAGGUCCAGGAGGUGAAGAAGAUAAAGCAAGAAGUUCGCGAUGAUCCCGAAGAUUGGCAAUCGAAUCUGGACAACUGGAAGAGUAGUCGGAGGAAGCGUCAGGAGCACAUCAUCGAGCGGGUGGUCGAGGUGAAGAAACUCGAGCUGGAGGAACACGAUCGGCAGCGUCGUCGGAGCAAAACUUUCUCGGAAAUGAUGGAAGAGAGAGGUAACAGGGGUCGAAAACUGAGCAUCAGUUUGGCCAUGUAUCACGAGGAAGAUGCCAAUGAUCUGAGCGACCUUGGUAUUGGAACCAGCAGCGGAAAGAGCUCGGUUAGCGGCGAUACGCAUGACGACACGCACAGUGUCUUGAGCGACAGAGACAGCGAAAUAGAGAAGAAUCACUCAGACGUGGACAACGUGGCGAGUGAGAGCGUGAUCCACAACGAUAUCACGACAUCGUCAGCAACCACGACGGCGACAACGACAACGACGACGAAGAAACCCUUCGGGAACGGGUUUCACAGCAGCAAUCACAGUCACAACAACCAAGAGUACGAUUCAGCGACGACGGCGACCACCAGCUCCCCGGAACCGGAAGAGUACACGUACGAGGGUGCAAUUCGCGGCUACGUGUCUCGAGUGUCGCAAAAUAUACCGAGGCGAUCGCUGGUCAACCUGGACUCGAAGCUCGACAGCGCCAAGUCGUCGACGAACGGUUCGAAGACGAGUCUGAACGACGAGGCCAAGUCCACGAUACCGGUGGUGAAGGUGGACAUCCUGAAGAGGCGAGAGAUCUUCGAGAAAGCCUCGCAGAAGAGCAACGAGAGCAAGACGAACAACAGGCUCUCCGGCGAUUUCACCGGCACAAAGUCUAUCAAGGAACGAUUGUCGAACUUGGAGAAGCAGAAGCACGAGGCGGAGAACAACAGCGAGAAGACCGGGACUAAAGCGUUGAACAGACUGUCCGGUGACAUGAGCUCGAUCCGCGAGAGAUUGUCUCAUUUGGAGAAGCAGGCGUCGGAGAGGGAGAGCAAGAAUUGCGCGCAUCGCAAGCUCAGCACCGAAGAACUGGAUACGGUCAGACCGCUACGGGACAGAUUGUCCACGUUGGAGAAAUACAGCAGCAGCGACGAGUCGUCGGCACCUGGCAGCGCGGCGCACGAGUCGCGACACAACGGCGAGCUAUCCGCCAGAUCGAUAAAGGAUCGUUUGAGCGCUCUGGACACGGCCAGGAGCAAAGAAUCCGCCGACAAGAGAUCGUCCUCCGUUGGCAAGCACUCGCUGUGCUUCCGCGAUCAAGAGAACCGAAUCGACACCUCGACACCCAGCGAGAGAAGCUCGUCGCCGGACUCGGAGUAUCGCGUGCCAAGAGCCGCCUUUCACAGGAGCCUGGAUUCUCUGGACGCGGACGCAUCCAGCGGCCCCGACACGUUCGAGAGGGUGCAAAGUUUGGAGGAGUUGGAUUACGGCAGACGUUACCCGGCGUCGUCGUCGUCCGCCGAACUGCUGAACGAUACCGAUCGCGAGGAUUCCGGAAUUCACACGGCCGAUGUCAGCUGCUCAGUCAGCCAAGCUGACGAACCGGUCGACGAGGACAUCGUACAUGCCAGCACGGUCAUCGAGCGGCAAGAGGUGAUCGAGGAGAAGCCGGAGGAGCCUCGUGACGCCGAGGCGGCGAACGAAACCGCCGCUGUUGAACGGCAGAGCGCCAGCGUAUCCGUGAACGAGAUCACGACGACUUCUGCCAGCCAACCGGACGCAGUAGUAGCAAAGAAGGGUACUGCUGACACUUCUGGGGAACUGUCGACUAACAAAUCACAAUCGCAGGCACACAUAGAGGUUACUAACUCUAGUACACUUCGUUCCUGUCCUGCCACGAGUCGUCCGAUCGUGUAUCAAAGUCCCAAAGUACCUCCGCGGCGAUCGCCUCCCGACACGCUUCCCAAACCAAAGUUGCCUGCACCCAAAGAGCAUCUAGAUACUAAAACAGACUCUCUGCCCGCCAAAGAAUCGAAUUCCAUCACCUCGAGUAACAAACUCCCCGCGGACGAACAGCGUUCGAAAUUCGCUCUCGACGAGAAAGCGCGUAGUCCCUCAAAAGAGGACUCGACCAAAGUUACAGUUACCUCGUCUUCAGUAUCAUCGCUAGAUCCUGCCGUCGUAGACGGUCAUCCAUCGUCACCUGCCAGAGCGGCAGUCGCUCUGACGAACCUUCAACUAGAGUCUAACGCUACCUCAGCCUCGAACUGCGCCGCGAAAGAAGUCGCAAAGACCACGACGCCGGUCACGUCGCCGCGUGCAGCAUCCAAGAUCCCCACUCCGCUCCCUCGGAAGACCGUAGGCGUUAAAUCGUCGCCUACGAGCUCCGCGUCCUCUCCGAGUAGUCCGCCUGUCUCACCGUCGUCCCCCAAAACCCCGUUGCUAAAAGCUAGAAUGUCGAGCGUUAAGAGUCCAACCGGUCAGACGUGUUCUCCGCAAUUUCCAAAAGCAUCGGAGAUACCGGUCCCCGUCGGUUCCAACGUGUCGUGUAGCGCGAGCAUCGUCAUCCCCGUGUCAUCACCCUCCUCGAGUUUCGAACAGUCAUCACCAUCAUCGUCAUCCCUCAGCGCGAAACAUAUCUCCUCCCCGACGUUCAGCACGAAACACCAGGUGACGGUGGGCGAAGAGAGCCUGCUGCCUGCAGAAAGACGGCGAACGGUGGUGGAGAUUUGCGAAAAGGUGGUGGUACCUCAGGGCAAGACACCUACGACGCCCCCAGUGACGCCAUUCAUCACCGUGGAUCGCGUCAGUGAGAAGCAGAGCGCAGCGACCGAGGAACCGAUCGUUAUCGAGAAAGCGGACGACGAGGAGGCCGCGGCGAUUUGCCAGCCGAGCCCGAAGCCAGUCGAACACGAAGAGCACGAGGAAAAGGAAGCGACGAUGAACGGGAAGAUCGAGCCGUACGAGCCACCGACACGAAACGCCAUCGAGGAGUCGAUCGACGUGCACGAUGCACCUGAGACCGAGCAGCCGGCCGCCAGCGUCCCUCUGGCUGAAAGACCGACGACCUUGACCCUCUGCAAACAGGAAAUCGCCAAGGUGGACACGAUGAGCCUGCUUAGCCCCGUAUCGCCCAUCUCUAAACAGAUUUUGCCACUGAAUUUAUCGAGCGACGAGGAAAUAGUAGCCGGCCUGGCAUUUCCUCUGGGACCACCGACCAGCGUGGAACCUCCAAAAGAGAAACCACCGCCGCCCCCGGUGGACAUCAGCGACGAGGAAAAUCUUCCAGCGGAACCUCUGAAGAGGUUGAACUCCACUCGCAGAAUAAAGAAGGAAUUACGUUCGAGGCGCUCCGAUUUCCUUGGAAUCGAAGGGGUAAACGAUGACGAAUUAGAACGCGAGCUGACCCUAACAAAACCGCCAGAUAUGGCUGCGAUCCUAGCCGAGGAAAGACGCAUCGAGCAGCUUCAUCGUCGCUCGUACGACACGGACAGCAACUACGAGCAAGACUCCAGCCACGAAAGAGACUCAGGGGUGGAAUUGGGCCACGUCGAGGAUUGGACGAAGCAACCGGUUAGUCCCGACAUGUCUCAACACAGUCGUCAAAGCAGCGAGCCAUUCGGCGCCAGCGUGACGUCUUCGGAAGAAGACGAGAUUACGAAGAAGGAAAGGGAGAUCAUCGAGGUCCUCGAAAAAGAGGAGCAGUGGCGGUACGGCAACAAUCGUGAGCUGAACAGUGACUUGGGCGAGAAAUUGGCGCACAAGCUGCGCGAGCUCGAAGAAGAGAAGAUGCAGCUGGAGCGGGAACGCGCCCAGGAAGCGGCUUUACGUCGGCAGGAGGAAACGCUGCGGAAGAACGAGGACAACAUACGAAAGCAGGAAGAGACUUUGCGGAAGCAACAGCAGGAAGAGACGGCCAGGCAACAGGAAGCGGCGCGAGCCGAGGCUGAGGCGAAACACGCUGAGGAGAAAAGGCAAGAAGAGGAGCUGAGGGCGCAGGCGGAACAGCUGAGGAUUCAGAACGAGAUCGAAGAAGAAAAAAGGGUGGCUGAUGCUCGUCGCAUUGAAGAGAAACGUAUUAGAGCAAUGGAGAAUCAAAUUCGAGAACAGGAGGAAGUCCUGAGAGUGGAAAGGGAAUUGCUGCAGCUAGAACAGGAGGAAUUGAAGCGCCAGCGAAACAAUUUGGCGUAUCGCGAACAAAAGCAGCUGAAAUUGGCAGAACAGUUGCAGGAACAGUGGAAGUCCUUGCAAGAUGUUGCGCAUACAUCUGCGAGCAACAUCCAACAGUUCAAGAGCCAACCACCACUGAAUUACAGAUCGUCGAUGCCGAAUCUUCAGCUUCAGGACGUGCAAAGAAGAAGACCACCGCCUCCACCCAUACCGCCAGCUAAACCGCUACGUUUGAUUGAACAGAGGCAACGAGAUGUUACCAUCAGGAGCAGCAGAAUUCCGUCGGCAGAUUCGAUUCCGCAGCAAGUGGACGCUUCUUUGCGGCAUAGUACGUCGGUUACGACGCUGAGCCACGCUGGUCAACAGAUGAGCAGGCAAACGUUGCAAGCUCUCAGCGCAGUUCCUCGGCCACGGAUCGUUCAGAGCGAUCAAUGGGUCCAACGAAGGAAGAGCGACGUGCCACGAGGAGCUCACGAUUUGAAUUACCAGCACUGGCUCAUUCAGGAAGCGGAACAGAGAAGAAUUAGCGAGAAGAAUCAGCGAUCGCCAGCGCGGAAAUCACAAAUGCACGUAACAGGAACGUCGAUUCCAUACGUUACGGCUCCUACGAGGUCGGACAGUAAACCGUUGCCUGACUCUAUCAUACAGACUCUCACGCAAAGAGUACAGAACAGAGCGCAGGAGAAGCCACUACCACCAAGGAAAAGAUUAGAGCAUAGUACCAGCCAGGAACAUCUCUCCGCGUUGCAGCAUCAACCGCAGCAACACGUUAUGCACCCGCAGAAAUCUCAACAACCACCUGCGAUGAAUAGUGAGAAUCAGGAGAAAAUGUUGAGUGUCAGUGGGAAAAAGAAGUGUUCGCAUUGUGGAGAUGAAUUAGGUCGAGGCGCCGCGAUGAUCAUCGAAAGUUUGCGGCUGUUCUAUCACAUGGAAUGUUUCAAAUGCUGCGUGUGUCAUGUUCGGCUCGGUGACGGAUUAAUGGGAACAGACGUGCGCGUUAGGAAUCAAAAGCUUCACUGCCAUAACUGCUACUCCAGUGACGAUGGUGUCAAGUUCAGUUGCGUGUGAAACCAAAAUAGAGCGGGAGCUAAUGGGACUACAUUGACUAACUUGAAUAUAGCAUCACACGGCUAUAUUUUAUAAGUUAUAGUUUAACCGCUUAGCUACCGACGACACCAACGAAAACUAUACCCCUCUUUUCUGUACAUAAAACUCUGGACGUGGUUGCUCCGUCUUGCGUAAGCUAUUCCCUCGUGCGCCUUUAUUUAAAAGAUACAAAAUGGAAUCAAGAUUUUAUUUUCACGUAACGCCGAUUUCUUUUCAAUCGACUAACCGUACAGGUAGGACGUGCAGGUAGCAACAUGUAAAUAAACGUGUAUUUAUGUAAUUAGCAUAACGAUAGGGAAGAGAAUCCAAUGAAAUGAGAAAUUGCAAAAGAUGGUGGCUAUCGACACAUUGAGAGUACGAAAUGUGACCACUUAACGUGUGGAUUUACAAUCGGGGAACGAUUUGCAUGUAUAUUUUUGUAAUAUAGUUAUUUCGUAUGGUAUUUAUGAGAGAGAAAAAAAAAAUCCCUUUGAUGUGUGACGGCUAUAAUAACGAAACAUUUCCUCAUUUUUCCCAUUUUUCUAAUUCCUGUUUCAUUCUUCCACCUUUCUCUCUUUAAUUUUCCUUUUUCCAAAUGCUUACGAAUCAAUAGACGAUUUCAAUCAAAUCGUAUCGCCUCUGUGUUCGCACGAGCGAUCGUUUAGAUUCUAGUUGAUUAUUAUAGAUAGUACAGUGGUUAACUGUAGAACUGCAUGACGAGAUGCGAUUUCAAGGCUCGAGUUUUGUGUUUCAUUUCUUUCCCUUCACCCUUUCGUGUCGAAAUAAAAAGAAGAAAAACGAAAUGCGAAAAAUGCUAGAUACGUCGCGCGAUCCGACAACGACGACUUUUUUUUUUAUCAAUGAUCUUUUAUCAAUGGUCAUGGUCGUAUCGCAUUGAACACGCAUACCUGCUUUUGUGAAAUAUUGUAUGAUAUGUGUCACGUGUUAUUACAAACAUGUAAUUUUAUAUUAUCGAGAAUAAAUGUUUAUUAUAGCGAUAAAAA